AUGGAUCCUUUGGGGGCUCCUUCCAAUUUUGUGGAUAUUGAUGGUUUGCAAGGCUGGGCUGAUCUUUAUGUGGCUGAUCAGUUGAACUCUUCAGUUCCAGUCGAAAAGACUCAAGUUGAUGCUUGCUCACCCUUCCCAUAUAGGAAAGACAUCAGUGAAAAAAUAAUAUUAUGGUAAGCUUGCGCAUCAUGAUUUUGAAAUAAUUGCAUUCUUUAACAUAAAAUGCUUAGGCAUUAUGUGACUCAAUGAUUUUUUGGUUUAAACUUUGGCUGAUAUUCACGGGGGAGGGGGUUUAAUAAAAAAACAUCCUGAGCACUGACUUGUAGAACACUGAUUACCGUAUUUUUCGCCCUAUAGGACGCACUUUUUCCCCUCCAAAAAUGAAGGGGAAAUGUGUGUGCGUCCUAUGGGGCAAAUGCAGGCUUUUGCUGAAGCCUGGAGAGCGAGAGGGUUCGGUGCACACCGACCCCUCUUGCUCUCCAGGCUUCAGGAAGCUAUCCGCAAGCCUUGGGAGCCGGUCUCCCCAGGCUUGUGGAGAGCUGCCUGCAUCCCGAAGCCUGGGGCGCGCUGUGCAGCGCGCCCCGGGCUUCGGGCAGCUCUUUAUUUCUUUAUUCCCCCCCCCCCAAAAAAAAACUAGGUGCGCCCUAUGGGGCGAAAAAUACGGUAGAUUUGCUUUAACGGGUAAGAAGUUCAGCAUAUUUGUUUCAUUUAGUAAAUGAAUGUUUCUGUUCCACCCUUCUAAUACUCAUGUACUUAUUUACAAGAAUUUAAAAUCAGACUACAGUACAAUUAUUUAAAAUAGCUAUAAUAAUAAAAAUAUAUAAAAUGUGCAACAAAUAAAAUAGCACAACAUUAAAAGUCCAUUUCAAAGCAGCAACAGCAGUGAUAAUGGGUGAAAAUGACUUUAGGCAAAACACUAUAUCCCUAUGCCAUAAUCCUAAAAUCUGUGUCCAAGGUGCUGUUGAGAUGUCUGUCAGCUAAAUCUAUCUGGCUAGCAGGCGUAAGAGAGGACUUUUCUGCAGUAGCCCCCUGGUUUUCGAAUACAACCCGAAAGUUAAGCAGGCCCCGCCUCUGUUAUAUUUUAAAUGUGCUUUGAAGAGAGAGAUUUUUCUAAUGGUCUUAGGUGUUUAAAGUGUGGUAACAAAUACUGGGACCAAUUAUCCAUUGCUGGUUGUUUAUAAUGAGACUUUUCCCAUUUUCAUUUGAUGUAUUUUCUUCAUUGUACACCCUUCGUGAGAUUUUUGUCCUAAAGACCACAUAGAAGUUUAAUAAAAAUAAAUGGAUAAACCUGGCAGAAUAAAAAUGUACAGUAUUUACAAGCUGGUUAAAAAUGACCAGAGAAGAAGUCAUCUGCACUGGAGAUGACAAUAUUGGUGCAGCCCCUGAAAAAGGCUGUAUCUCUUGUAGCCAUGACCUUUGCCUUGUCAUAUGUGGGAUGCAGAGAAAGGCACCAGCUUUUGAUUUUAGGGAGUGGGAUGAAUGGUAUAGGAGGAGGCAGCCCCAGGUCUAAGUCAUUUAGGGCUUUAAAGGUCAUCACCAGUACUUUGAAUUGUGCCCAGAAGCAGAUUGUCAGUCACUGGUGAUAUUGCAAGAUAGGUGUAACAUGAUCCCAUAGACAUGCGCCUGUUAACAUCCUUGCUGCUGCAUUCUGAACCAAGUGUAGCGAAAGCCUCUUCUUAAAAAUAUUCAGUUAUGAAGUCACGUGGAUAUCACUUGCAUAUAAAUUUCUGCUGUUCUAUAGAUAGAUAAUGCCCUGAAUCUUCUUAACUGUAUAGUCUGUACUAAUAAUGAGCACAAAGCAGAGGUAGAGGAACCUAUGGCCCUCCAGAUGUUUUAGGACUACAGUUCCUUCAUUCCUGACAACUCACCAUGCUUGCUAGGCCUGAUAGGAGUUUCUGCCCUACAACAUCUGGAAGGCUACAGAUUCCCCAUCCCUGGUGUAGAGUUGGUAUUAAACCUUUGAAUUCCAUGAGCAAGAUGUUCAAAUAACUCUUCUGUAAUUUCCCUUUGUAAGGUUACAUAACUCUUAACUUGUAAGCACAGUGGAACCUCAGUUUUUGAACAUCUCAGAAGCUGAACAAUUGAGAAGCCGAACGUCGAAAACCCAGAAGUAAUUGGCUUCCAAGGCGCGUUUAUCCAUUUUUCACUGGAUUCUGCCGACCGCCCAUUGAUCCCUGGUUUUUGAACGUUUCGAAAGUCGAACGGUCUUCCAGAGUGGAUUACUUUCAAAAACCGAGGUUCCACUGUAUUGAAAAUGAGGUUAUGUCUUUCCAUUGUAUUCAAUUCAUGAAAAGUGAUAAAUUGACAUACUGUGCACUCCAUGACUAACAUGAGCACUCACCAGAGACGUAAAUAUAAAUUCUUCUAUUACUGCCUUCUUAAUACAUAUCAGGAGAAAGCUGAUGGGAAAAACUUAAUGAAGUAUGUUCUCUUUUAUAGCCAUGCAGCAAUAAUCAUAUAACAGCUCUGAGGAGCUUCCUGUGUGUGUGUUGUGCUUCUAUUUUCUUCCGUGCCGCCUGCUGAAUGGUGGUGAUUUUUCCUCAGGAGGGGGGAUGUAGCACUGCUGAACUGCACAGCCAUAGUGAACACCAGCAAUGAGUCUCUCACGGACAAGAACCCAGUUUCUGAUAGUAUCUGCACACAUGCGGGACCUGACCUGAGGGCUGAGCUACAGAAGCUCAAAGGUAAGUAUAGUAAAGUUAAUCCAGUUGACUUCAAAACGUUCAGCUUGAACCAAAAAGGGGACUGCACUUUGGUUUAAAAAGUUCAUUUCACAGUAAAAAAAAUCUAUGAACAAACUACGCUGUAAAGUUAAAACAUGUCUGUCAUAAUGAUCAUGCUACAUAUGUAUAAGACAGAGUAAACAAACAUUUGGCAUAUUUAAAUUUUUUUUUAAUUUUUCAUAUAUUUAUCUUAUAUAGUAACAAUUCAGUUUAUCAGCUACAAAGGUGAUAAAAAGUAACAAUACAAUAAAAUUAGAAGCUGAUAAACAUAACUCUACAAAGUAACCAAGAGUACAAGCAAUUCAAAACGUUGCACAAUCGUAUGCUGUACCAGGAAUUAGCCCAUCACCCCUAUAGUGACGGACCCAUUUAUUCCAGCUGACCAAAAAGGUAUCUUGUCUCUAGCUUUGUUCUUUAAAUCUGAUAUAUUAAGUUAAUUUUGUCACUGAUGCCUAUUUGCUUACUUCAUUAUACCGGUCUUACUGAGCUUUCUAAUUAAUUUAAUAAAAACACAACUGGGUGUAAUGGAAGCAAAUAUUUGGAGGGAUGAUUUUUUGAACAGAGAAUUUGGUCAUUGAUAAAUGUUUCAGGUUACAAAAAAUACAUAUCUGAGGAAGAAUUAAACUUGCAGCCCAAUUCUGUACCAAGAGUUUACAUACAGAAAACCACAACAUGAGUAAAUUAUAAAUAAACUACAUCAACGACUGUUGCGUGCAUUGUGUGUACUACUGUACCAUUUUACAGAGCUAACCAAACUCUUCCCCUACAACAAUAUCUGAUUUAGAGAAUAGCUUCUGAAUUCAAAGUAUCUCUCUCUCCUCCUCCCCAUUCCCCCACCCCCUCUUCAAAUUACAAAUUGCACAGCUGAACUUCCUCAUAAAAUAAGCAAGGUAAUAAAUUUCUUUAAAAUGACCAUUAGCGAUGCAAGAAUGAAUAGGUGAUGAUAUGAAUAAAUAAUGAAAAACAUUCACGGCAGAUCUUUAUAAAAUAUUGCAACACUUGUUGUGAUUUACCAGAAUAGGUCAGCCUCAGACCAUUGCUUAUAAUAUCGCUUCCAGAUUCCUCUUCCGCCUCCCCCUCUACCUGCACCAGUGUAGGGUUGUGUGAACCCAAGGCUUGCACCGACUUGUUCUGUCAACAAACCAUGGCUUAUCUCUAUGUCUAACUGAGACUUCUCUGUACCCAGCUACACAGCUGUGCAUGCUGCUUUUUUCUCUUACCUAGGUUUGGCAGGAAGCUUGGAUAUAAUAUGGGAAGCUGUUGUGUGUUCCCAAAUCCAUCCAUAAAAGAGGAUCUUAAGGCAGCCCUGUUCAGGGAAGCUUUUAAUCUGUGAUAUUUUACUGUAUUUUUUGUUUCUAUGGAAGCCGCCCAGAGUGGCUGGGGAAACCCAGCCAGAUGGGCGGGGUACAAAUAAUAAAUUAUUAUUAUUAUUAUUAUUAUUAUUAUCUCUAUGCUAAGCCUAAAAUCCUUAUAUUUCAAUUGCUUCAAUAUUACUUAGCUCAUCCUGCUUUGUUUUCCUAUAGGCUGCCGGACAGGAGAAGCAAAGCUGACAAAAGGAUUUAAUCUAGCUGCCCGUUUCAUCAUUCACACUGUGGGUCCCAAAUACAAAAGUCGAUACCGGACAGCAGCAGAAAGCUCCCUGUACAGCUGCUAUCGCAACAUUCUGCAACUUGCAAAGUAAGCAUGUGUCUGCUUGUGACAGGCAAGUACCUUGUGAAACACACAUACACAUACACAAACACAUACACAAACACAGCAACAGUGCAUGUAAAAUUUUGGAAUGUGUAACUAGUGUAAAGGUAUCUGAAGAAAUGUGCAUGCACACGAAAGCUCAUACCAAUAACAAACUUAGUUGGUCUCUAAGGUGCUACUGGAAGGAAUUUUUUUAUUUUGUUUUGACUACGGCAGACUAACACAGCUACCUACCUAUAUCUAGUGUAAAGAAAUAAGUUUAAAAAACUUAGCUAUCAUACCGUAACAUCUUGGAUAGCUUGUGAAAGUAUACAUGUCAACAUCUAAUCCCCUGGCUCUCUUCAUCCAAACAUAUAUUUUCCACGUGCUUUAGAUUCUUCCGUUCCCCAAAUUCCAAUAUUAGUUGCUUAGUAAUGGGGGUAGAUGAUGAGAAGCACUACAUGCCAUUCCAAGGAACAGAAUGCAUUGGAAAGCCUGGUUUUAUGUUUUUAUAUGGGUUCAAAGCCACCCAGAGUAGCUGGAGCAACCCAGCCAGAUGGGCAGGUUAUAAAUAAUAAAAGUAUCAUUAUUGUUGUUGUUGUUGCUAUUGCUAUUGCUAUUAUUACAAAAGCACUUGUUAAGUAUAAAUUCUUCUUUGGCGAUCACUCGUAGCCGAGUAAGAUUGUCUUCCAUGAACAGGCUUAUAGCAGUGAGUCUAUGUGACUGUGAAGGCCAAUUCUGGAUCCACACAUCCUUCCACAGUGGGACAUAGGUUUCCGGGCGGGAGUUGAUCACAGUGAGGGUGCCUUCCAAGCAUGCCUUCUUCUUAGCACAUUUCUCCCUUUCGUCCUGAGUUCGAGCAUCUUCAAAGCCCAUGACACCUUUGGUAAAGGCUGUUCUCCAACUGGAGUGCUCGCAGGCCAGUGUUUCCCAGUUGUUGGUGUUUAUACUACUUUUUUUUUUUAGAUUUGCCUUGAGAAAGUCUUUAAACCUCUUUUGCUGACCACCACCAUUACGCUUUCCAUUUCUGAGUUCAGAAUAGAGUAGUUGCUUUGGAAGACGAUACUCGAGCAUCCACACAACAUGACCAGUCCGACAAAGUUGAUGUUGAAGAAUCAUCGCUUCGACACUGGUGAUCUUUUCUUCUUCCAGUACACUGGCAUUAGUUUGCCUUUCUUCCCAAGUGAAGUGUGAAAUUUUGCAGACACCGUUGAUGGAAUCUUUUGAGGAAUUGGAGAUGGUGUUUAUAAGUGGUCUGUAAAUAAAUAAUAAAUUGCAAUUGAAGAUCAGUUCAGAGAAUGACUAUUAGAUUAAGGAUGCAAACUGACAUCAUUUACUAAAAAAUUCUAUCGUUUCCUUUUAACCCCCUUCUCCAUUGCUAAACUGCUUAACACAUUUCCUAUCUGAUGUAACACCAGACACAUUUUGCAGACUUCUAUGGUGUCUUCAUGUGGAUUUUGUGUUUGUGAGGUGGGAUAGUGGUGAAUGGUGGCAGCUCUGUGUGGCUUUUUGUCUUGCCCAAUGUCUGAAAAUUUGUUUAAGAUCACAAGCACUGUGUUUCUUGUCCUGUGCAGACUAUUGGUUUGUUAGGUGUCUCACAUCUAAAACUAUGGGUUUGUGUGCAAAAUUACAUGUUGGGAGGUAUGGGACCUUCAGCGUUACAGCCUCCUCAGUUGUAAACCUAGGCGAGCUGUGGGCUACAUCAUCUUUGUCUAAACUGUUUAUGCUCUUUGAAACAGUAAAAUUUGCAACACUGUGCUCUUCUGAAUGAUUAACGGCAUUUAUGAUUCUCUUGGACUCCUUUCAAAUUGUUUGUUUGGUUUCAUGCUGUCACUUAGACAGAAUCUAUCAGAUAUCAGCACUAUGCCUUGUCCCUCAUGCCAAGGGAUCAAAAGUCUUAAGCUUCAGAAUAGUUAAGUUAAAUUAUUCCCCACCAUCAGUUUAUUUUGGAUUUGUCAUCUCCCAAGUUCAUAAUCUUAAAAUUUUGGAAAAUUUGUUUCCUUUAAAAAAAAAAAAAAUCUAUAGGUAAUUUUAAGAAAUAACCAGUAAUACUUUUUAUUUUACUGCUAAAUAUCCCCAGUAAUCCACAUAUUCAUUUUUUAAUGUGAUCCAAUCUUCACAUCUUUUGGCAUAGUUUACACUAUAGCUCCUCUUUGUGAUCUGAAAACCAUGUCUUAAGAAGUAACCAGCAAACACAAAACAUCCAAUGAUACUGAAAACACUUAAACCUCCUUUGUCAAGAGUUGUUAUAACAGCUAUUAGGAGCAGUGGGGGUUUCGUGAAAAUUUCAAUAGAAUCUCUUCCCGCUCUUAAAAGCUUUUGGAGAGCAAAAUCUAUCCACAGUAUGAAGCAAAAGUAUAAACAUCCAUAAUCAUGUUAGUCAUGGGCACCUAUUAUGGAUUAAGCCAUCUCUGUGAAUCCUUUUUACUAUUUGAUUCUAAAUUUGGUGUUGCUCCGGUAAUUAUAAUGACCACUGUUGGACCAAUACAACACAUGCAGCCUAUUCAUACAGAAUAAGCUGACAUGAUCCUGCUAUGACAUCAGUUGCAUUGAUUUGUUUGUGAUGCUUACGCUUUUCAUUAUCCUUCUGGCUGCAGGGAGCAAGCGAUGUCCUCAGUCGGAUUCUGUGUGAUAAACACGGUGAAACGAGGUUACCCUUUAGUGGAUGCUACCCACAUAGCACUGCGUAAGUAGCCUUGAAAGGAUCUUUGCUGGAUAUACAGCUUCAUCUGCAUGCAUUGUGCUUUGCUAAGAACGACAGAGCAGGAUUUGUGAUUAUUUUGGUUAUAUAUAUUUAGGCUUAGUUGCAGUUGAAUAUUGGGACUAGAGGGUUGUGGCAAAGGGUUCAUAGGAAAAUACAUGUUAAUCUAAGCCACCUUAGGUCUUCAGUUGCAAAGCUUUCACUUAAGUCAGGGGUCAGCAAACUUUUUCAGCAGGGGGCCAGUCCACUGUCCCUCAGACCUUGUGGGGGACUGGACUAUAUUUUUUGGGGGGGGGGAAUGAAUGAAGUCCUAUGCCCCACAAAUAACCCAGAGAUGCAUUUUAAAUAAAAGCACACAUUCUACUCAUGUAAAAACAUGCUGAUUCCCGGACUGUCCGUGGGCCAAAUUUAGAAGGCGAUUUGGCCAGAUACAGCCCCCUGGCCUUAGUUUGCCUACCCAUGACUUAAGUUGUCAUAAUGUAGAAACUAUAAGAAUAUGCAAGUUAAAAUUUGAGGAACUAGUAAAACAGUGAGGCGGGUGACUUCCCCUUUUGGUUGCUAGGAAUGCAGUCUGCCCUUAUUUGCCGUUGGCGGCACAGCUGUCUUGAUGUGCUACAUUGAAGUAGGUUGAGAAAGAUGGCAAUGUGUGGUUGAACUCCCUACAGUCCAAUUCAAAACAUAAUUACUGAAGUGGGGACUAUAUUGCAAUAUUCUGACUGCAAAGGCCCUCUCCAAUCCCCUGCUCCACUUCCCUUAGACUAAGUUGCAACCAGCUGUCCUUAUAUUGAAAAGUGCAACUGUCUUUUCAGUUAGAGAAAACAGUUCCAAUGUUUUACAACAGCCCUUGUGGUGAAGUAAAAUGAAGGAGUCGUAAAGGACUUUCACGCAAGUUGCACUAAGGGCUGUAGGUACUUGUUUUCCUAUGUACAGCAUUCGUCUGGGAAAGACAUUAAUUGAGACUGAGAAAACGAAAUCCCAAACCCAAAGCUAUUAUUGUCAGGAAACCCAAACAUCACCACAGUAUAUGUGGUCAACAAGGAUGGGCAAAAUAACUAAUUAAAUUAGAUCAAUUAAUAACAUUAAAUAAUGGCAUAGAAAAGGGUAGUCCUAUAUUUUCCAUCAACGUGGGUGUCUGUUUCUUCUCGUUUUGCUGACUCUAUGUGUUGAUUUCUCUCUCUUCCUCCCCCCCCCCCCAUUGCAGGAACCGUCCGGCGAUUUUUAGAGGUUCAUGGGGAAACUCUUGAAAAAGUGGUGUUUGCAGUGUCUGAAAUUGAAGAGGUAUGUAAAGUACUCUGUCUACGUCUGUAGGCAUUGCUGUGCUGCUGAGCUAACCCAGUCCCAAAACCCUUGUGCCUUGAUCUCUAUUUAUUGCUCUCCACUCCAGUGAUUCGAUUAACUUCUCGUCCAAAAGUACACAAGAAACUUGGUAUCAAUACCUUCUUAUUCCUUCAGACAAACAUACUCCCAAGUUGCAAUUUCACAGUUCUUCUAAAUAGCCUCCAUCUCAUCUGUGCAAUUUACAUGUGCAAAGUACUAAUAUUGAAAGUUACCCUGUGUGGCUGCCAGGACCCAUUUCCUCCCCCAAGGCCACUUUUCUGAACUGCAGUAUGAAGUUUGGGGCUAUCCCAUACUCACUGCCACAGCUCUAGUGCUGGAGCUGGACAGGAGAGCUGGGGUUUUGAUUUGGCUCUGCACUUAAAGGCACAUUCCCAGUGCUCCAAAAGGAUGGAACCAAGCCAACAAACUCACGCACCCCUCUCCAGCUCAGAGGUGGAGAUGGCAGUGGGAACUUCCUUUGAUGCUGUGCUUGUGAGGUGCUCUAUGUUCCUUGGAAGCAGAGACACAAACCUGGGCUCUGCACUUCAGCUUGAAGCUAGAAAGGGAGGUGAGAGGUACACCUGUGCUUCCAAAGCACUUUGGGGAAGGGUUAAGGGCUGAAGCUAAUCCCUUCUUAGCGCUUCCAGAACACAGCGCAGCUGUUCAUAGCUGGGUGAAGCUUAUGUUGCUUGCCACAGCAAGUAUUCUGUUGCACUCUGGAAGCAGAAUUCUGGCACCUGCCCUCCACAAAAUGUUGCUGCAUAAGAAAAGGAUGGAAGGCUUGUAGGGAUCCAUCUAUUGGACUCUACUGCACAUCAAAUCCACAGGUUCCCCAUCCCUAGCAUUAGGACAUAAAGAUAGGAUGGAGAUAAGUGAAUAGAUUUAUUGUUUCAAACUUGUAUUAAAACUUAUUCUCUACAUCCUAACCUUUCUGCAUAUGUCAGAUGUUGAAAGAAAAACGAUGGAGGUUGCAACUUUGUUCCACAUAUGGGAGAACUGUAGAUCUUGACUAACCAGUCAGUGUGGUGCUAUCAUGAUCUACCAUGCAAAAGAAUACCAGGGGGCAUUUAAUUAUCUUUGUGACCUGUUAUCAACCUGCCUUGAAAACUGGAGAUCUAAAGCAUUCUCAAACUUUCCUUUUUUUCCAGGAUACUUAUCAGAAGUUGCUGCCUCUGUAUUUCCCAAGGUCUCUAGAAGAGGAGAAAAAGUCCUUGCCUUUCCUUCCUGUUGAUAUUGGCAAUGCUGAAGGGGAGCCAGUCGUGCCAGAGCGUCAGAUCAGAAUUAGUGAAAAGCCAGGUGUUUCUGAGGGUGAGUUUGCAGAUUGUGUCCAGAGAGUCUUCUGCAGAGUUAGGAUAAACAUCAUCUACAGAGCUAAUGUGGUUAUCCUCAAGCCAUUGGGAGAGAUAGGUAUUCAAACUAUAACUGCUGUUCCAUUUGUAGCUGGAAUGGGUGAGAACAGGGUCAAGCGAAUUGUCUGUGAAGCUGAUAUAAGAUAGAGUCAAAGGGCAGGAGCUAAUCCUGUUUUAGCUUCUCAUGUCUGGGAGCAAAUCUUCUGUGGCUCUGGGUCUGUGUAAGUGUAUAGCACACUUAAAGCUUUCAUAUCUUCCGUGGAGGGGAAACCCCCUGGAAAUACAGUAUUUUAUUAUUUCCCCAUAAAAGCAGACCCAGUCAUUCCUCGUCAGAGGAAGGCAUCUCAUGAAAAGUGACUCCUUCCAUCAGUGUUCAGAGGCACAACUUGGCCUGAAUUUCUUCUCCUCACUGCUGUGGGCAGAGUCCUCAUCCAGUUUUCCUCUCAUGUUUGCCAAGAGAGCUGGAUUUUUGGUGAGAGACUGGAGCUUUAGAUGCAGGGCUUGACGGACCUCCUGUUGAUCUUUAUCUCUUCUCCGCCAUCAAGAUCCAUAUGACUGACACCAGUCAGUUACCACUGAAGAGGAGGAAGAGGGCAGUCUCAGAACAUACAUCACUUGUUGUUCUUAUACAUCACCUUAGGCAUGCACACAAACGCAUAUCAAGGUGAAGUACAAAACAAUAAUGAAACAACUAAAAAUGGUUAAAAACAACACAAAAAUCAGAGGGUGGAUUUUAAAAAGCAAUGUGAAAUAGACAUCCAUGGCAGAGAUCUAUUCAUCCAGCUUGGAAACCUUGUGAGUAAAAACCAGCACAAACCUGUGUGUGAAAGGCUAUCCAUGAAGUCUUACAAGAGCAGUCUUGCUUCUUCCAUGACAGUAGCUUCAUCAGAUUUCCAUGGCUGGAAAUUCCAUCUGUUAAUAUACCAUUAUUAAGUCUGGUCCAGGUGCAGUUGGUGGCUCAUCAACCUCCUGGCAGAGGUUAUUUAUAUCCAUCCCAAUCUGGCUUUGGAGCAGAAACUGUCCUGAUUGCUUUGGUUGAUGAUCAGGGAAUUGACCAUCUUUGGCUUAGGAGCACAUUGUCUUGAUGGUUCCAGUCCUAUCCAAAUUUCAGGGUUCAGAAGGGAGUGCUGGGCUGCCUCCAGGUUCCAUUCCCUAGGCUGUCUUAAUAUAUACCGGUACAUGCAAGUUCUGUAAUUAAGGCUUGGCUAAGACUUCACAGAAUGCCUCCUAUAUUCAAGAAAGUGCAUUCACAUGUUCAGUGUUCUGUAUUGGCUCUGAACAAUUACGCCUAGCUGACAUACUUGUUGCUUGCCAUAUGGUGAACUCUGAGUGCCGCACUUCAUCCACUCUGCUUGCUUUGCAGAAAGAGAUACUGAUGAACUCAUAAUGCAAUGCGAUAUAAUCUCUCUCUAUCUCCUGUCCAUAAGUCUCAUUGUUUUCCUGGACUGGACUUGUAUUGUGGCUCCACUUUGGACAGUUACUUCAUUGUUCUUGCACAUCUUUUGCAGAUAAUUCUGAUGAGGAAGGCCUGGAAGCAGACUUUUCAUUUAUUGGUUCCCAUGCUUUUGCCCGCAUGGAGGGAGAUGUUGAUAAACAGAGGCGUCUUAUCCUUCAAGGGCAGCUCUCGGAGGCAGCACUACAAAAGCAGCAUCAGAGAAAGUAAGAAGUUAUUGCAGAUGACUAUUCCUGUUGGUGAUUCAUUGUGUUUUGAACUUCAAUUCUAUAUGCCUGGGAGCUGCUACACUAUUCAUGGUGUAUUUUAGCAGAUUUAGAAACACGUGGGGAACACCUCCUCUUGUGCUGGGGGCUUUAGACAUAGCUUCUGUGCUAUUUAAUGGAAGGAUGGCAGCUCAGCUGCUUAUUUUUGUUUAAUUAAAAAGGUAAAGGGACCCCUGACCAUUAGGUCCAGUCGUGGCCGACUCUGGGGUUGCGGCGCUCAUCUCGCUUUAUUGGCCGAGGGAGCUGGCGUACAGCUUCCGGGUCAUGUGGCCAGCAUGACUAAGCCGCUUCUGGCGAACCAGAGCAGCGCACGGAAAUGCCAUUUACCUUCCUGCCGGAGUGGUACCUAUUUAUCUACUUGCACUUUGACGUGCUUUCGAACUGCUAGGUUGGCAGGAGCAGGGACCAAGCAACGGGAGCUCACCCUGUUGCGGGGAUUCGAACUGCCGACCUUCUGAUCAGCAAGCCCUAGGCUCUGUGGUUUAACCCACAGCGCCACCCGCAUCCCCUUUUGUUUAAUUAUUUCCAACUUAAUCCCACACUGCUCCACUUGCGUUUUCCUUUUGGAUUCUGACAGAGUAUAACAUCAUGUGAGAAGUACGACAGGUUUGUUUGCUGUAUUUGUCUAAUAAUAUGUCUCUGGAAGUGGUCUUUGAUUGCUAAACAUGACAACCAGAUCAGUCCAAGUUCUGAAACCUAAUGUGGUUGCCUUCCAGUUACAAUCGCUGGCUUUGUCGAGCAAGAGCAGAAGACCUGUCUGAUAUUGCGUCCCUUAAAGCUUUAUACCAAACUGGUGAGUUCAAGGUCGCAAAUUCUAAUUGCCCCUUAACUCUUCCUUUUUGAAUAUAUUGUAGUGAAGAUAUAAUAUGAUAAAAGGAAGUCUCCAUGUCUUAAUGCUACACUGUACAGGAGAAUCCAGCCUUUGAUAAUUAUUUUUAAUUUUGUACACAUAAGUAAAUUGGCUUAGUCAAAGAUUGGCAAAAGUAAUGCAAGAUUGUCAUAAGUCAUUCAGUAGAGGAUGGUCAUAGACCUGAAAAGGGCUUGAAACAAGGAGCAUGACCUUUACAGUCCCAGACAACUGUGGCCCUUGAAACACUGCCCUAUGAAGUGAAAGCUAAUAAUUAAUUUAAUAGUAUUGCUCCCUCAUUGCUAAAACCAUGUGUUUAUGAGCUACCAGAUUUUAGGCUGAGCUUUAUUUCUGCUCACAGAAGUGGGGGGGGGGGGGGCUUUAAACUUAACCUUUAAAAGUUUCUGAUUUUCAUUCUAUUUGUAGGUGUUGAUAACUGUGGUCGUACAGUAAUGGCAGUGGUUGGAAGGAACAUUCCUGUAACUCUAAUAGACAUGGAGAAGGUGAGAUCCUAACAAACAUAAAAAUUAUUGGUGAUUAAAUAGUAAAUUUCUCUUUGGAUACAGAUUUAUUUAUUCUUUUGUACAUUUAUGUCCUGCUCUUCACCCUUCAGAGGAUUUCUAGAGCACAUGACAAUUCAUAUCAAUUCAAAACACAUCAACAUAUCCAAUAAGGCCAGGCUAACAGCAGUUCUGGACCUGGUCUUUAACUGGGAGUACAAUUCCACCAGCAUUUCCAUUACUUCACCUAAGUUAGAUGUGAAAGGGUAAUAGAACUGACUGUCAUUAGUAUAUUGACAGAUCUUUCUGCAGACAUAAACAGGCAUAUACAAAGCAUUUCUCCACAGGUAGUGACCGGCCAGUAGACUUCAUGGGUAAGGCCUGUGUUAUACGCAGGGCUGCCUCUGAAGAUGGUUCGGAAACUUCAGCUAGUGAGAAUUGAGCAGCCAGGUUUCUCACUGGAGCAAGACGGUUUGAGCAUAUUACACCGAUCCUGGUCUGACUGCGCUGCCUACCAAUUAGUUUCUGGACCCAAUUCAAAGUGCUGGUUUUGACAUAUAAAGCCUUAAACAGCUCACGACUGCAAUACCUCAAGGACAGCCUCUUUCCAUAGGAGCCUACCCGGACCCUGAGAUCAUCUUCUGAGGCCCUUCUUCAUGUGCCUCCUCCUCGAGAGGUUCGGAGGGUGGCAACAUGAGAACAGGUCUUCUCUGCAGUGGCUCCCCGUCUGUGGAAUGCUCUCCCCAGGGAAAUUUGCCUGGCACCUUCAUUAUACAUCUUUAGGCGCCAGGCAGAACGUUCCAUUUUUAACCAGACCUUUGGUUGACCUGAUCAACAUCCUAUACCCUUUUAAAAUGUGGCUCUUUUGGGGGGAGGAGGGGUUAUUGGGUUAAUGUUUUUGUUUUUAUUUUGUAUAUUUUGAUCUUUCUGAGACCUCCAGGUAUAGGCCAGUAUAUAAAUUCAAUAAAUAAAUAAAAUAAAUAAGGGGGAAUUGGAGCUUCUGGUUCAAGUCUACCACUUUGUUCAUGAUAACUCAGGAUUUGUGAGCUCACCACUUGUUUUGGGUGAGAAAGGAAUGGCAUCUUUUGUUGGGGAAGAAUUUAUUGUGAAGCGUUCACUUUUUUCUUUCUUGAGAGAAUCUGUUCUCAUAUGUAAGUGCUGCAUAUUCAAAAAGUUUGAAAGAACUUUUUCCUCGCUCCCCCUAAAGUUUGCUCUGCUUUUAGCCGUAUUACUCAUGCAAGGAUGGGUGCUGCAGUCCUCUGCUGAAAUCUGACAUUUGUGACUUUUCUCUUUCUCCAGGCGCUCUUGUACUUCAUUCAUGUAAUGGACCACAUUGUAAUGAAGGAAUAUGUCAUUGUGUAUUUCCACACGCUCACUAAUAUCUACAAUCACCUAGAUUCCGAUUUCCUAAAAAAACUCUCUGACAUUGUCGAUGCCAAGUAAGUAUAACUCGGAAAGGCCCCAAAGCCUUUCUCCUUACUUCCCUUUUGGAUCAAAAAGCAUCACAAAGAAACUAUUUUAAAAGGGAGUGGGCAUGGAGACACAGUGUGUUCAAUGAGUACGGGAGGCUUAGUUUCAGAAUAUGCCCAGUCACUUGUGUGACACAGCACUUUUGGGCUGCUAGAAUAAGCUUCCUUGGUUUUAUGAAAAAAGCAUGUCAGCUGUCAUGAGACUACUCAUUGUCUCUGUAGAGCUUUCCCACAGAAACAAUUCAGGUCAGUGCUGCAAAUACAUUAAUAAGUUGCGGCUUGAAACAAGUGCCCUUUUUUACAUGGAGCAGAUUGCUAAGAACUUGUUUGAUUUCUGCAAAUGUUCAUUUAAAACUUGAGACGUUUACUGCUCUUGUUGUCAACCUAGGUACAAAAAAAAUCUGAAGGCCCUGUACUUUGUCCAUCCAACGUUUCGCUCAAAGGUGAAGUAUGCCCUGCUCAACGGGGAAAUUGUACGUUGUAGUGGGUUGGGUUGUAGUGAAUGUGUGGGAUCCCAAAAUAUGGGGCAUAAUCAGUUUGUACUAAUCCUUUGCAUGCUUCUUCUAUAACAUGAGUUGACUAAUUACAUAGGAAGAUAGGAAUCAGGACCACUGUCAUUUGGAAUGGUUAGUUCUUUCAAGCUUUUCAUCCAAGCCAUUUAGAUACCUGCCCUUAGGGUGAAGGGUGAGUAAUUACUACUACUAAUUACUACUACUAACAACAACAGCAACAACAAUAAUAAAUGUAGUCUUAGAGAAUGCUAUAUUAACAUUGCUAAACUAGCAAUCUGAAUUGUGCAUGCACUUUUACCUUUGUCUGCUGAAAUGGUGAAGGAAUUGCUAGAUUGUUAAGAUUGAGACUCUGGGCAGUUAUUGACAGUUUUUUCUGGUAACAUUUAUUUCCCAUUCUUGUCUACUAGGUUUCAACGUGGUUUUUCACAACCUUUACGGUCUCGGGACUAAAGGACAAAAUCCACCACGUGGAAAGCCUCCAACAGUUGUUCGCAGCCAUUCCCCCCGAACAAAUUGACUUUCCCCCGUUUGUUCUUGAAUAUGAUACUAGGGUAGGUGGCUUCAGGCACUACUGAGUGUUUACUUCUGUUUCUAGUCUGUAUGGAAGCAGCUGCAUACAGCAAACUGGGGGGUGGGGGUGGGGGAAGCUUUCCUUACGCCUGAUUUAAAAGAAAUCUGAGGGGAUUGCUUUGGAAACAAGAAAAAGCUUGGAAACUGACUGAAUCUGUGAAAGGCUUGAAGCAUUUUCUCUAACGGAAAGAGCUUUAGCUACACUACCUUAGUAAAACUGAAGUGAAUAUUGGUUUAGGUGUUGUGCAGUUCUGAGAAGCCCACAGGCAGCAGCUGGUAUAUGGAACAAAGAGGAAUGCUUAUCAUGAAAUGUUUGACAUAUGUGGUACUUAAAUCAUCUUGAGUUAAGUCCUCACUUUCAAAAGAUUGUUGAAGAGAGCAUGAUCUGCAGUACACUGGGGGCUGAGGAGGAGAAAAGCACCCAAUAGCCAUGAAGCAGCUUAUCAUGGCUUCUGUUAUAAGGCGCAUGUCCUCUAAAAUCCUAGCUUCUGGUUUGUGCAAUAGACUCCUUAAAGUUGUACGCCAAGAGAAAUCUUCCCCCACUCUUUAACUUGUUCCAUCUCCUAGUUCUUUCCUUCCAAGUUUGCCUAAACUAAGUUUGUGGGCUUCCUUACUCACAAUCUCAUGAUUUUUUGCAAGUCUACCAUAAAGUUUGUGUGGGAAAGAUUUAUAAGCCAGCCCCCAGCAGAUUACACUGUAUUGUUCGGUAGGUCAAUUCUUAUGUUACUUUUUUCAACAUUUGGAUUACUACCUUUGUUACAAACAUGAGAAUGACUGUAUGAGAAUACAAAAAAUUACAAAAAAAAUUAAUAAAUGUCCAGUAGCACCUUAGAGACCAACUAAGUUUUGUUCUGGGUAUAAGCUUUCGUGUGCAUGCACACUUCUUCAGAUACACCGAAAGAGAAAUCACCAGACACUUAUAUAUAAUGGGUGGGUGGGUUUUUUCUCAGAAGGGCAGUGGGACCUCUCUUGAUUCGACUCCCAGAACAAUUCGAAAACCAAGGCACGGCUUCUGAUUGGCUGCAGGAGCUUCCUGCAGCCAAUCGGAAGCCGCGCCGGACAUUCAGCUUCCAAAAAAUAUUCACGAACUGGAACACUCCCAGGUUUGCGGCAUUCGGGAGCCAAAACGUCCCAGGUACCAAGGCGUUCAACAACCAAGGUACGACUGUAGAUCCACUCUUUCAAAAGGUUUCCCUCUUUGUGUGAGUUAGUGAAGUUUUUGCGGGGUGUGGGGGGGGGUUAAAGAUCCUUGAGAGAAACAUUUGGGAUGGUGGCUACCUUCAGAGUCAGAGUGGUGGCCCUGCACAUGGCUGACAUGUCCACUUCCACAGAUUCCCUUGCAGAAAAUGUUCCUUGAAAGGAAGGGAAGAUUGCCCAAUUCUGGGACAGAUUUUUCAUUCAGCAAGAUUUAGGAAGAUUUGAUUUGUAUUUUACAUGUGUAUUCACUGUGCCAUGUCAUCUCUGUCUCUCGAUCUCUCUUUGUAGGAAAAUGGAUCGUAUUAUUCCUAUCCGUCUUCUCCAGACCUCUGA